AUGGUGAGCAAAUCAUGGAAGAUAAUACCAAGGCCAUUGCUAGAAACAAUCUUAAACAACCAUGCCCAGCACCAUCGAGUCCCUCAGCCUCUCAUCCUCCACGGCCCCCGUGGCGUCGGCAAAACCACCCUCUUCCUCGACCGUCUCCUUAAAGACUGGAACAAAGGCCCUCACGUAACCGGCUAUGUAGACUUUGCUCAGUCAAUCAAAGAACAUCACCCUCGAUACAACAACUCCUUCCCUUGGGCUUCUUGGUCUACUUGUGAUCCACCAACUCUCUCUGAUUGUAAAACCCAGCUCGAAACUUGCCUUGAAUCGAUAACCCAGAAGGGAAUCCAACUCGGUGCUAUUACUUCCAGUCAAAUCUUCUCUACUCUCAACAAAUGGCAUCGCCUUGACACUUGCCUUCGUCGUAUAAUAUUCCAAAACAAUUCCAAUAUUGCUUCGAAAUCGAAAAAUGCUAUCUCUGAUAAGGUUUCAAGUUCGGUUCUUUGGGACCGGGCAGUUUUCGCGCUAUCUGCUCGAUCAAAUGCCAAAGAGAUUGACAACAUUCUUGGAUUGGAAGAGAAAGGGAAGAGCUUGUCUAUAGAGGAGGCUUCGUACUUUAGAGAGGCGAUUGUGGCUUUGAGAUUGGCUAAGGAGGUUAUUAAAAUGCAGCAAGGGUGGAGAGCUAAUGCCAUUGCUCAUUUGAAUAGGACUGGUGGGUUUUCGAGGUCUUUGGCCAAUUCGUGCACUGAUUGGCCUUGUCUGUUGCUCGAGUUGCUGUCAAAAGCUGCUGAGAUUGAUUACUUUCAGCCGAAGCUGGUUAUAAACAAUAUUGAAGUUCUAAAAAAUGCAAUUUUAGUGGAUGAUUCAAUGGUGUCUGGACCAAUGUAUCAUGACAGUCUGGUAUGGAGAAUUAUUGCGUUGGGUGCAAAUGAGAGAUGUCUGCCUGUUAUGCUUGUGACAUCUGAUAGCUACUACUCAUACCAGGCCUUCUGGGAUUUUGGAUUUCCAGAUAUAUUCAUUUCCCGUGAGAACUUUGGAUGGGCUCCACAAGAAGCUAAAAUGCAUAUGGUUACUGAUUACUUCAGUCAGUCAGAAUGGGCGGUGAUCGUUGAGGUGCUUGGGCCAAACCCUCGACAUCUGUUUGAGCUUUAUGCACUCAAACAAAGUAGCUAUUACCAGAAGAUCCUAGAAGACAAGGCUAGCACAUUUGAGGAUAUUGUAGAUGCAUAUUUAUCAUAUUUGCAGGUUACUGUGGUGAAUCCUGCCAUGGAUAAAGCACAGGAAUUCCUGCAAAAGUUUGCCAAUGAUGCAAGAAGUGGAAAAAUUCCAAAAGAUAGAUUACGCUUUGGCUCUCCUUGGAGGCAUCCUCCAAAAAGAGACGACCCUACUCUAUGCCAGCAGUGGGCAAAGCUUCAACUGCUGGAUUUUGUUCAGUCUCUAGUAAAUACUGAAUUUGGGUAUAAUCUCCCUGAUAUGAGCUUUAUUGAUAUGUUUAACUGUAACAAGAAUGCUGAGCUUAUAUUUGUUGAUGGGGCUGUAUUUGUAAAUUACCUAGGUGAUUGUAGCUUUGAGAUAUUUGAUGAUCCAUGCACUGUUGCAUUAUUAGAGGUUGGAUUGCUCUAUGCUCAACGCGAUCCAUCAUUCAUUCGCCCCAUAUCUAGAGGUAUUCAGAGAUGUCUUGUGAGAUGGCUUGUCCAGGAACGCAUGAAAAUGAGUUUACAGAACCUGCUCCAGUUUCUGUGGCAGCGAAUUAUUCGUGGCCGUAGUUAUCGGCAUUUGAUGUUACAAUUUGAUCAUGACUUUUCAGUUGAUACACCUGGCGUGGGCUCCAGGAGAUCCAAAGUCCACGCACCCAUGUUAUUGAUCAUCAUUGCAUGUAGUAGCGAAUCAUGUUUACCCUCGACUGCUUCUAACCAAAAGCAAAAUUCUAUAUCUGCAAAGGGGAUGGCUUCUAUGAAUGAGCUUGCAUUUGCAGGACUAUGUCAGUAUUUAGCAGGGAUUGAAUUACACGAGGUACGGAUGCAACCAGGGAGUGGAUUGAUUGUCUAA